AUGGGGAAGCAGAACAGCAAGCUGCGCCCAGAGAUGCUGCAGGACCUGCGGGAGAACACGGAGUUCUCGGACCUGGAGCUGCAGGAGUGGUACAAGGGCUUCCUCAAGGACUGUCCCACCGGGAUCCUCAACGUGGAGGAGUUCAAGAAGAUCUACGCUAACUUCUUCCCCUACGGCGACGCCUCCAAGUUUGCCGAGCACGUCUUCCGCACCUUCGACACCAACGGGGACGGCACCAUCGACUUCCGAGAGUUCAUUAUCGCCCUGAGCGUCACCUCGCGGGGCAAGCUGGAGCAGAAGCUCAUGUGGGCCUUCAGCAUGUAUGACCUGGACGGCAACGGCUACAUCAGCCGGGAGGAGAUGCUGGAGAUCGUGCAGGCCAUCUACAAAAUGGUUUCCUCGGUGAUGAAGAUGCCUGAGGAUGAAUCCACCCCAGAGAAACGAACAGAGAAAAUCUUCCGACAGAUGGAUACUAAUAACGAUGGCAAGCUGUCUCUGGAAGAGUUCAUCAAAGGUGCCAAGAGUGACCCGUCCAUCGUGCGGCUGCUGCAGUGCGACCCCAGCAGCGCCUCGCAGUUUUGAGCCCGCCCCAGCGCCGCCUGGCAGGGAUGGGCCGCGUCCCCUGCCACCCGCAACCGCCACGACACCUGACCUCACAACAGCCCCGGCUCCGACAGGGAGACCUGCAUCCCGCCGCCCUCGGGACUGGGGCUGGGGCCGGGGGACGUGCGCCCGCGAAGCGCCAGCACUGCCACCGUCUUCGACUCGUCCGCUCCCUUUCCCCAAUGCUACGUCUGUAGAUGUGUA